UCAAACCAUGGUUGGUCUCAACAAAAAGGCGGGAAAAGCCCUAAAUUCCCAAUCCCUUCAGAUUACUCUUUCACACAGAGGGCUUCCAAAUGGCGGGCGUCGGCCGGCGGCCUAUACGGGCGCUGAAUGUGGCGGAGAAGCCAUCCGUCGCUAAAGCAGUAUCGGAAAUACUCUCGAAGAAUCCAGCAAGCGGUGGGCUGAGGGUCCGCGAUGGGCGGUCAAGAUACAACAGAAUUUUCGAAUUCAAUUACUUCGCUCAGAACCAGCACUUCCACAUGUCCUUCACAUCCGUCACCGGACAUCUUAUGGAACUGGAAUUCGAGGAGCGUUAUCGCAAGUGGCACUCAUGUGACCCCGUCGAUCUCUACCAUGCUCCAGUCAAGAAAUUUGUGCCGCAGGAUAAGUUGGACAUCGAAAAGACAUUGGCAGAAGAAGCAAGAAAGUGCGAGUGGCUUAUUUUGUGGCUUGAUUGCGAUAGGGAGGGAGAAAAUAUUGCUUUUGAGGUAGUAGAAGUUUGUACGCGAGCAAACCGGAAUCUCAACACCUGGAGGGCUCGUUUCUCUGCCCUUAUCGACAGAGAAAUUCAUUAUGCUGCUCAGCAUCUGGUUCGGCCUAAUCAAUUGUUUGCGGAUGCUGUUGAUGUUCGACAAGAAAUAGAUCUUCGGAUAGGUGCUUCCUUCACACGGUUUCAGACCAUGCUUUUGAGAGAUGCAUUUCUUCUUGAUUUCAUUACAGAUGACAGAAAUGUUAUUUUGAGCUAUGGUCCUUGCCAGUUUCCUACUCUGGGUUUUGUGGUGGAGAGGUUCUGGGAAGUGCAAUCACAUGAGCCUGAAGAGUUCUGGACUAUCAACUGCACACAUAAUUCGGAGGAAGGCACUGCUACAUUUACCUGGAUGCGUGGACAUUUGUUUGACUAUACAUGUGCAACUAUACUAUAUGAAAUGUGUGUUCUAGAGCCCAUUGCAACUGUGAGAAAUGUUAAACAGCAGGAGAAGCUUAAAUACCCUCCUUAUCCUCUAAGUACAAUUGAGCUUGAAAAGCGUGCUUCUCGUUAUUUCAGAAUGAGUUCGGAACAGACUAUGAAGGUAGCAGAAGAUCUAUACCAAGCUGGUUUCAUCAGUUAUCCUCGUACAGAGACUGACUGCUUCUCCGAGAGAACAGAUUUGCGUACAAUUGUUCUGGAACAGCAGGAACAUCCAACAUGGGGUUCAUAUGCUCAGCGCUUGCUGGAUCCUGAAGCAGCUCUUUGGAGAAAUCCAAGCGCUGGUGGACAUGAUGACAAAGCCCACCCUCCUAUACACCCAACAAAAUUUUCAGCUGGGGAAUCCAGGUGGAGCCAGGAUCACCAUAAAGUGUAUGAAUUGGUUGUUCGUCAUUUCCUGGCAUGUGUUUCUCAACCAGCCGUAGGUGCUGAAACUACAGUUGAAAUUGACAUAGCUGGGGAACAAUUUUCUGCAUCUGGAAGAGUUAUACUUGCUAAAAAUUACUUGGAUGUAUAUAGAUUUGAAACAUGGGGAGGUUCUGUCAUCCCAACAUACAACUACGGGCAGCAGUUUUCCCCAACAACGCUGACUCUUGACUCAGGAGUUACCAGACCUCCGCCUCUUUUAAGUGAGGCUGAUUUACUUAGUUGUAUGGACAAGGCAGGUAUUGGAACAGAUGCAACAAUGCAUGAUCAUAUAAAAAAGCUUCUUGAUCGAUUUUAUGCAACUAAAGACUCAAGCAUGCGUUUCACACCUACAAAACUUGGUGAGGCACUUGUUAUGGGAUAUGAUGAUAUGGGUUAUGAAUUAUGGAAACCAAACCUUCGUGCUAUGAUGGAGAGUGAUAUGAAAGCUGUCAGUAUGGGCACAAAGAGAAAGGCUGAAGUUUUAGACACUUGUCUGCAGCAAAUGAAAGCCUGCUUUGUUGAUGCUAGAGUAAACAAAGCAAAGCUUUUUGAAGCCAUGGCUAUAUUUUUUGAGAGAUCAAACAGAGCCAAUGGUAAUGAGCAGCAUUCAAUCGGUGAUGUUGUACGGAAAUGUGGUCUAUGUCAGGAAUCUGAUAUGGUGCUCAGGAAAAAACCGGAUGGAAACUUCAUGGUUGGAUGCCUGGGCUUCCCACAGGAAUGUAUUUUGGCUACCAGGCUCUGUAUCAGAAGCCACAGUAACUACAACUAUUUGCAGUACCUGCUCUCCAGGUUGUUGUUUACAGGUCCAGUAUAUAUGAUUCAGUUUAAGUUUCGCAGGCUUGAAAUACCACCCAACUACAGUGUUGAUCAUUUGGGUUGCAUUGGUGGUUGUGACAACACUCUGAGACAGCUGGUGGAAAUAUGUGGAACAGGUUCCCGAACAAACUCCAGCAAUCCUGGAAGAGGUCAAGGGCAUACUCCGUCAGCAAGACAUGGUCAACAAAGUAAUAUUGGGCUAAACUAUACUCGGCAAACUGGGGAUUCUACUAGUUCCUACUCUUCCCACAGUUCACGCAGACAGGCUCAUGGAUCUGCUGCACAAGAUGGACAGUCUUCAAUUCCUUGUACCUCCUGUGGCGCACCUUGCAAUUUGCGCACAGCAAAUACUGCCGCAAAUAGAGGAAGGAAGUUCUAUUCAUGUCAAGCUCAAGGCUGCAACUUCUUUGUCUGGGAAGAUAAUGCCAACAGCGGAGGAACAGUCCCACACCAAAACAUCUACAGAUCAGCAUCUAAUUCCAGGGGGGGAGGUGGUCGUACUCGUGGUAGGGGUAACCGAAGUAGAGGGGAACAUAAUGCAACAUUUGUCUCUGCUACUGGCGAGCCCAUAUCAGGCAGGUGCUUUGUUUGUGGCGAUCCAUCUCACUUUGCUAAUGCUUGCCCAACUCGCGGCAGGUAGCCCCUAAAACAUUAACUUUGACACAUGGUUUCCGUAGCAGUUGGGAUCCAAAUUCCUUGACUUACACACUAUCAAAAGAAUUCCUGUGUUCUAAACUGGACUAUAUUGGUGGCAACAUUUUGUAUGGCUGACAUGCUGUGUAAUUGCUUCUUACAUGCUAUGAAUAUAACUUUAGUUCAUUUUUAA